GUUUGUGUCCACUAGGAGUCGCAGUCCAUACGCGUGCUCCUCAUUCACUCGCAUGUGUUCGGUUGAGUUUAGCCAAUCAAAUGGUGUUUUCACACACGGAAAGACCUUUCACAUUUGUAGAAGAUGGCGACUGCUGAACCGGAAAAUUCAACAAAUCCACCGAAUUCAGAAGAAGAAAAAAACGACGAAAAUACGCAAGAGAUUGUGAUUCUUGAAGAUUACAUUAAACAUCCUCUGCAAAACAGAUGGGCUCUUUGGUUCUUUAAAAAUGACAAAAGCAAAACAUGGCAAGCUAAUCUCCGUCUCAUCUCAAAGUUUGACACAGUGGAAGACUUCUGGGCGUUAUACAAUCACAUUCAGUUAUCAAGUAACUUAAUGUCAGGAUGUGACUACUCCCUCUUCAAGGAUGGCAUUGAGCCUAUGUGGGAAGAUGAGAGAAACAAGCGGGGCGGCCGCUGGCUGAUCACCCUGUCCAAACAGCAGCGCAGAGCCGACCUGGACCGCUUCUGGUUGGAGACGCUUUUGUGCCUUGUGGGAGAAGCAUUUGAUGACCACAGCGAUGACGUAUGUGGUGCUGUUGUCAACGUCCGAACAAAGGGAGACAAAAUAGCGAUAUGGACGACAGACUACGAGAACAAAGAUGCUGUUGUACACAUAGGACGUGUGUACAAGGAAAGAUUGGGUGUUCCUUCAAAGGUCAUCAUUGGAUACCAGUCACAUGCUGACACGGCCACCAAAAGUGGUUCCACCACCAAGAAUAAGUUUGUUGUUUAAGGAGCCUUUUAAACAAUGCUGCAACAACAGUCUGAAUCGUUAUCAAAUUAAAAUCUUUGUCAAAAGAGACAGAAAAAUGAAAACAAAACUGUCCUGGGAUCUGACCUUUUCACAGCAUGCUGUGGGGGAAACACUAGGAAAUUAAAGGCCUUCAGAUUUGGGUUUAAUCAGAAGAGUGUUGUAUUUACAAAACUGUACAGUGUAUAAAAACAGAGCCACGUUCUUUUUUUUAAAUGUUAAAAUACUAUUAAUAGAUUUUUUGCUGGUGGGGAUGGGAAGUGUAUUCAAUUCAAUUUAUGAGUGUUUUUUUUCAUAUUCUGUUUGCCUUUUUAUGUUGAGUUGCAGUUACUAAAUCGUAAGUGUAAUUUAUUAUUUUUUUUUUUUUACUAAAUCCAUUUGUUUCUGCUUUGGAUUUACUGUUGGAGUGAUGUGGACUGAUCAUGAUAUUUCUAAUCACACUAUUAAAACAGUUAAUGUAUUGCAGCCUGAGAAUGUCAAAGGUUGAUUCUGUUUAAAGACUGUUGUAUAAUUUUGUAUUUUUGCAGUCUUGUUCUACAUUCCUCAUGUAAAGUGUUCAAGGGAGUAUUGAGAAAACUGAUCUCCAGUUCUCACAUUUUCCUAAGGGGUUUCAUUGAGUAGCCUGACAAAAACAAAAUAUAGAAACCCCUUUCUCAUAAAUGGGUGCUUAUGAAAAUGUAUUAAAAAUGACUGUAAAUAAAUUGUACAGUGCAUUGUCUAUAUCCAGUAAAGAGCCACUGAAAUGCAUAUGUUGAUGAUAAAUAAAUAAUCCUCUCUGAGA